AUGCCUGACGCCUCCGUAGCCACCACCACUGCCCAGGUGAUCACCCUCGCUGCACGCCCCACCCCCUUGCCCACCGACCACACCCUGCCGAGGCUCGUGCCCAGGACCAAGCUCCAGGUCAAAUUCCAGCCCACAGCCAGGACGACAUUCGAGCUCGGUUCCCUCUCCCAUCGCAAUUAUCCCAGCAUGGACGACCUUCUCGCCCUUCCCGCUGAGUCCGUGGUGCACUGGGCCCUUGCUGGCCAGAGCCCCCCGGACCUCGAACGAGGAGUCGACCUGGCGUCCGACUUGGGUGUGCGGGCGUUUGCUGCGUGCAUCCGCCUCCUCGGCAUGUGCCACAGCCACUGGGACGUGGAGUGGAAAAAUAUGGUCCCUUUCCGCAUCAUGUCCCAGGAGGAUGGUGACGCUCCCGAGAUGCUGUACCGCCGCUCCAUUGCGGCACUCAGGUGGCGUGUGCGUUCUAUAGGUGCUUGGGGAGGGAACGAGGACCCAUACUUGACCGAAGAGGCCCAGCCCAUGUACUCCGCCGUCGACCAGUUCUUGGCCAGCGUCGCUAACAUACCGGGGGCCACCACUCGCUCACCGCUCCCAGUGGCCUUCUGGCGGGCCGUGGGUCGCGACAUUCUCAGCAUUGCUGUAAAGAGUGACGAGCCCCUUCUUCUGUUCGUUGACGAAGGGCUCCUUAAGAAAUACCCAGGCACCCAGGGGGUGACCGGCUGGUACAUGGAGAACGACGUCACGUCCGAGGACUACAGCGACUCGGACGAGGAGGACUACUCCCUCGACGAUGAUGGGUAUCGCGAGCUCCAGUGCGAAGCUUGUGAAGACUUCAAUGUCCCUCUUCGCUACUUUGGGAGGUACUACACCCCGGAAGGCCUGCAACGGCACAUGCAAAACUUCCACUCGCCCAUCGCCGACGCGUAUCGCUGGAUCAACACCCUCAACCACAGCUACAUGUCGGGGAGCAUGUGGCGCGUCAGCAAGUACAAGUGUCCGGUCCUCAAGUGCCCCAUCUGGUACAACACGAGGACCCAGCUCGUCUACCACAUCCUCUCGAGGCACGCACAUGAGGGACGUAUUCCCAAUCUCCCAUGUGCCCAUAUCCUCACGCUGGCUGAGGUUAUGGCCUCACAGAACAAUGUUCACGGGGAGACAGCCAAGCAGGUGAUUCCACACUUGCGAAGGCAGAUGGAAGAGGAGGAAAAGGAACGCUCAGACGACGAGCGCUUUUGGCGGAUGAACUAUCCGCUUGCUUAUCACUAG